AUGAUUCAAAUCUCGGUUGAAGUAGCUUAUUGCCUUGUCAUCUAUAUGGAAAAAAUAACUCUUUAUUACUUUGACAAUGGCAACAGUGUUCCCCGCGGUCGCGGUGAAAAUGUCAAACUAAUGCUCGAAGAUGCAGGAUUAAAUCAUGAAUAUGUUCGUUUGGCUAAAGGCGAAGCAUGGGGAAUUAAGAAAGCCCAGCUCCUUAAAGAUGGCUAUAUAUCUCCUACUCUGCCGUAUAUUGAGAUAAAUGGUAGUAGAUUUGGGAAAACCGCACCAAUUAUGCGUUAUAUUUCUGCAAAGCUGGAUAACAAAUACAAUGGAUCAAACGCUGAAGAAAAUCAUUUUUUGGAGUACGUCACAGAGAUAACUGAAUGUUGGUUUGAUUGUGUUAAAAAUGCUUUCUUUGGAGAUGAUGAGAAAAAAGCUGAACACAGGGUAACAUCAACACCCAAGUAUAUCGACCUAUUCGAAAAACUAUACACUACAUAUACAGGACCUUACCUUAUAGGAGAAAAAAUUACAUACGUGGAUUUUUUGGUUUACCAUCUUCUUGAUGACGAUUUCGCUCUCAACCGUUUGAGUGGAUCCCCAAAUCUUGCCAAGUUUGUACAAUCUUUCGAACAACGCCCUAACAUGAAGAAUUACUUGGCUUCGUUGACUGUAUAA